AGGCAUAAAACGCACAACAUGGUAAUGAAUGAUAAAUGGGUUUUCAACUAUUGAAUCAUUGUUAUCACACUAAUUGAAGGUCACUUUAAUCAGAUUGGGUGUAGUUUAAGAAGUGUUCCAUAAACUCCUUAACUGAAUGUGCUUCUUUAGAGCCUAUAAGAAUGUUGACAUUAUGUUUGAUAAUAUUGGUUCUAACACUAGUGGGUUUCAUAGUGAACUGGAUCCGCAAAGUGCAUUUGUUUUGGGAAAAAAAAGGAAUAAAACAUCUUAAACCUUCAUUCCUUUUUGGUAAUUCCCUACCAGUUUUACUCAAUAAGAAAAGUAUCUCUGAGCAGUUUAUAGAUCUUUGCAAAACUUAUCCAAAUGAACCACUUUUAGGACAUUAUGAUUUCCUGAAGCCAUCACUAAUAGUUCAAGAUGCUGAUUAUGCUGAAAAGAUUUUAAUUAAGGACUUCCUACAUUUUACAGAUCAUGGAAUGGAAGUGAAUGAAGACAAAAAUCCAAUAGAUGCUCAGUUAUUUACUAUGUGUGGAAAAAAGUGGCGUGCAUUCAGGUAUAAACUCAGUCCUAUUUUCACAUCUGGAAAGUUAAAAAAUAUGUUUGAUACAAUGGCUGUAUUUGGAGACAGACUAGUCAACCUGUUAUCAACGAAAAAAGAAUAUAAGAAAGUGAAUCUUCGAGAAGCAAUGUCAUCUCUUUCAAUGGAUAUAAUUGCAUCUACAGUAUUUGGUAUCGAAACAAAUGUACUUGAAAAUCCGGAUUCUGAAUUUCGUAAAAUGGGAAAAAAAGUUUUUGAUUUUGGUAUUGUGGGAUUUAUUAAGAUAUGGAUUAUAAUGUCAUUUCCUGGGCUUGGGAAAAAACUUGGAGUUUCUAUAAACAAUAAAGAUGUAGUUCAGUAUUUCACAGAUAUAAUUAAAAAAACUUUCAGCCAUAGACGAAAGAACAAUAUUCAUAGAAAUGAUUUUGUACAAAUGAUGAUACAGCUUCAAGAUAAAGGGCAUAUUGAAGUCCGUAAUUGGGAUGCAAAUGAUGAUUACUUGAAGACUGAUGAAGACAGUAAUAUGAAUGUUGACAGCUAUGAAAUAACAGAAAAUGUAGUCAUUGCUCAAGCAUUUACUUUUCUAACCACUGGUCUCGAUACAAUAGGAAUUGGUCAGACAUAUUUAUUGUACGAACUGGCUCUGCAAGCUGAUAUUCAAGAUCGAGUUAGGGAAGAGAUUUUUGAACAAUGCAAAAUUCAUGGAGGUUUAAAUUAUGAUAGCCUUAAAGCUAUGACUUAUUUAGAGAAAUGUCUUAAAGAAUCACUGCGCUUACAUUCUACACCUCAGUUAUUUCGCAUUUGCAAUAAGAAUUAUACUUUUCCCAAUGGCUAUACAAUAAAGAAAGGAGAAACUAUUCAAAUUGCUGUCAGUGCUAUUCAUAGAAAUCCUGAUUACCAUCCUGAUCCAGAGGUUUUCAAGCCUGAAAGAUUUGAUAACUUGAUGAGGCCAGGUGUUUGGUUGUCUUUUGGUGAAGGACCUCGAGUUUGUAUAGCUAUGAGGUUUGCUCUUCUUCAAGUUAAAUUUGGAGUUGCUAGAAUGCUGAUGAAAUACAGAUUAAGUAUAAAUCCUGAAACAAAGCUUCCAGUUGAAGUUCUUCCUCAGUCAGUAGUGUUAGAACCUAAAUAUCCUAUAUAUUUUGAUUUGGAAGAAGUUUCAUGAUACCAACUGUAAAACAAAAUUAUAUUAAACUAGGGUCAAACUUAUUUGGAUCAGUGAAGUUCUUCGGAUCCAUCUGUAUACUGUGUAUUGGAAUUACGAUUCUUGUAUUUUUCUUAAUUUUAACUCCUCCAAGUUCUGUAUCCUUGUCAGUUAUCCUAACAAGGAAUUGAAGUGAUGGAUGAAGUCUUAGUGUUUCUACAAAAAAAAAAAAAAAAAUGUAUUGGUUCCAAGAUAUGUAAAAAUACAAAUAUUUGUUAUAAAAGUUUUAAUUUCUAUAACCUAAUAGACUUUUAUGUAAUAUAUUAGCUUGGCAUUAUUUUUUUUUUUAAUUGCUCUCUUUUAGGUACAUUGGGUAACAGUGAUCUGUAUUAAUGUUCAUAGCCUUUACUUUAUCAGAUGUGUAAAUAUGAAUAUGAGUCAUAGAUGGCUCAAGUUGUUAAUGUAGUUACCAUUAAAGUGGAUUAUUAGCU